AAUCUCUUGAUGCCUCCUGAGAUUGCCCCAUUCCCAGCUGGUCCCCAGACUGGGCAGCUCCCAUGUGGGGCUGGGACGUGAUGGCAGGGGGUGGAGGGGACCAGGCAGCUGCAGGAGGGGAUGUGGUUUGCUGGGUGUUGCAGGGAUCUGGCUUUGCUCUGACCACGGUACAUUUGGGCUGGAGAUUGCAGAGAAACCAUCUGAUGGUGCAGAAAGGGGCCGAGCACAUCACGGGCUUCCUGGGGCUGCAGCCCCCGGCGCAGUUCCUCAUUCCGCUCGCACUCGGGCCUCAGGCUCGGUGGAGCUCAGCACUGGGGUGUUGGUGGCAGCGCUGAGGGGCCCCCACUGCCCCCGUCAUGGCGUCUGCUCUCACCGUCCUCCUCCUUGGCUGCUGGCUGGCCGGGCGAAGCAGGGUGUUGGGACAGGGGUCCUACCCCAAACCCUCCAUCUCCGUCAGCCCCGGUGGGGUGAUCCCCAUGAGGGGAAACAUCACCAUCCGGUGCUGGCAUCAGCUCCUGGGCAUGAGGAUCCAACUCUACAAGGAUGGAGCUGGGAACUAUCUGAAUUACACAGACCCUGCCGGCUCUGAGGCUGAAUUUCCCAUCACCAGCGCCAGACGGGAAGACGGGGGCAGCUACACCUGUCGUUAUAGCAACAGAACAGACCCACCUGCCUACUCGGAGCCCAGUGACCCUGUGCAGAUCAUUGUAGCAGAUCCCAGCUUACCUGGACCCUCCAUCUCCCUGAGCCUCACUUCGGUCACCGCCUCAGGGACAGACGUCACCAUCCGGUGUCAGGGGCCGCGCCGGGACGUGAGGUUCUUCCUGCACAAGGCUGGAGACCUGAACUUGCAGCGACAGAUGGACCCGGCUGGGGACGGGGCCGAGUUCCGCAUCCCCAGCGUGGGCCGGCAGCACGGAGGGAGCUACAGCUGCAGCUACCGGCCCCGGUCAGAGCCCUUCGUCUCCUCGCAGCCCAGCGACACCGUGCAGCUGGCGGUAGCUGGGGGAACCAACCCGUCGCAGCCUGGAGAGGCCCCGGCUCCCACCCGUCCGGGCGUCACGGGACCAGGGGGAACCGACCCGACCCAGCGUGGAGCGGCGCCGACUCCCACCCGCCCGGGCAGCGCGGGACCAGAGCCCAGCUACCCCAAACCCAACAUCUCCCUGCGCCCCAGCGGGCGGGUUGCCCCGGGGGGAGCCGUGACCAUCCGGUGUGAGUGUCGGUGUCGGGGAGCGAGGGUCCUUCUGAGUAAAGCUGGAGACCCAGACACACGGCGUGUGAUGGACCCCGCAGGGGACGUGGCUGAGUUUCCCAUCCGCAGUGUGAGCCGGAGAGACGCGGGGAGCUACAGCUGCCAAUAUAGCACCAAAUCUAAUCCACCCGUCUGGUCAGAGCCCAGCGACCCUGUGGAGCUGGUGGUAGCAGAGCUCCCCGCGCCUGGACCCUCCAUCUCCGUCAGCCCCAGCGGGGUGAUCACCCUGGGGGCGGCCAUCACCAUCCGUUGUCAGUGCUGGUGCGAGGCCAGGAAGUUAUUGCUGUAUAAAGGUGGAAUCCGAAUCCAGGAGGUGGAUGCUGAUGGGGACGGUGGUGAAUUCACCAUCCCCAGCGCCAGGCGGGAAGACUCGGGGAGCUACAGCUGCCGAUCUCGCUCCAGAUCGGAGCCACCCAACUGGUCAGAUCCCAGUGAUUUUGUGCGGAUCGUUGUAGCAGCUCCGCACGUCUCCUGGAAGUAG